AUGGGUGAUACGCAAAGUCGGCGGCAGGCGUACCAGGUCGAGCGCGAGGAGCAAAGGGCGAGUAGGAGUAGGUCCCCGGAGCUACAGUUAUUGGCCUCACCGCUAGUGUCAACCGCGGGAUCCAUGGGACCGACGGUGUCCCCCGUGGUAUCGCCGGGGUACACCGAGGCGGAAAGUGACCUGGAAUUGCGCGAGGAGCACCGGACCAGCAGACGCGAGGAGUCCCGCACCGGCAAGCGCGAGGAGCCCCGGACCAGCAGCCGCGAGGAGCCCCGGACCAGCAAGCACGAAGAGCCCCGCACCGGCAAGCGCGAGAAGCCCCACCCCAGCAAGCGCGAGGAGCGGCCUGAGGGAGGAAGGAGGGGGCGCACGGAGACGCGGAAGGAGGAGCCCAGUGAGCGGGCCUCGAAGCGGGAGUCCACGCGUUCGACGCGUACGGCCAAGGAAGAGGAGUCGUCGGCACGCACAAGGGGGAGGUCGACGGCGCGGCGAGGGGAUCAGCGGCCGACAGACCCACAGGUCGAGGAGCCGCAGCCAACGCCGACCGAAACCGCGGUCAAAGAGCCGCAGACAACGCCGACCGAAGCCGCGGUCAAAGAGCCGCAGGCAAUGCAGGCCGACAUCGCGGAAAACAACGCGGCCGCUGAGGCACGACGCCUCGCGGAAUGGCACCGGCGGUUCGCGCUGGCUUCGGCGGCGGAGGAGCGGAGGCAACGGCGUGUAUGGGAGGACGCCUUGACGCUGGCAAAGAGGCUGAAGGCCACGCAAGAGGCUGAAAAGGCGGCGCAAGAAGCGGAGGCGGAGCGCCACAAACGGGACGUCACGCACCAAUGGCGGAAAAGAAGAAGCCUGAACAACCAGGCCAACGUACUGGUGGAACGCUGGUAUAGGUAG